AUGGCUUCCGGGUCGCUACGAAUAGCUUUGAUACCUGGUGAUGGUAUCGGCCGUGAGGUCAUACCGGCAGGCCGACGAGUACUGGAAGCCAUUGCAAGCACCUUCAAACUCGACCUCUCCUUCCUCGAUCUCCCCGCUGGUUACGAAACGUUUCAGCAAACGGGCAACGCCCUCCCAGACAGAACGGUUGAGACAUUGAAGAAAGAAUGCAAUGGCGCCCUCUUUGGAGCCGUCAGCUCCCCAACCACCAAAGUCGCCGGCUACUCCUCGCCUAUUGUCGCUUUACGGAAAAAAAUGGAUCUCUAUGCCAAUGUACGACCUGUCAAGACUACAGCCUCAUCUAAGAUGCCGAUAGACUUGGUCAUCGUGCGCGAAAAUACGGAAGAUUUGUAUGUCAAAGAGGAGCGAACAUACGAAGCCUCGGAUGGCUCAGGCAAAGUCGCCGAGGCUAUCAAGCGCAUUUCUGAACGAGCAAGCCAUCGAAUAGCGUCUAUGGCUGGCGAGAUUGCCCUCAGGCGGCAGAAAAUCAGAGAUACCGGAGUUCAGAGCGUGCACUCAAGUCCUUUAGUCACCAUCACACACAAAAGCAACGUCCUCUCACAAACUGACGGUCUGUUCAGAGAAACUGCUCGUGCCGCUCUCGCCGAUCCAAAAUACAAGUCAUUAGAUGUCGAAGAACAAAUCGUCGACUCCAUGGUCUACAAACUCUUCCGCCAACCUUCUUCAUACGACGUAAUUGUCGCCCCAAAUCUCUAUGGUGACAUCCUCUCAGACGGCGCAGCUGCCCUGGUUGGAAGUCUUGGUCUUGUGCCAUCCGCGAAUGUGGGCGAUGGCUUCGUGAUAGGAGAACCAUGUCAUGGUAGUGCACCAGAUAUCAUGGGUAAAGGGAUUGCGAAUCCAAUUGCUACGAUUAGGAGUACGGCUCUGAUGCUGGAAUUCCUGGGGCAUGAAGAAGCUGCUGCGAAGGUGUAUGCGGCGGUAGAUGCAAAUUUGGAUGAAGGGAAGUUGCUGACGCCGGAUAUGGGUGGAAAGGCAGGAACGGUGGAGGUGAUUGAGGAUGUGAUGAGGAGGAUGUAG